AUGAAGGUGACAGUGACAGUUAUUGUGAUGUUACUCUCCGUUUCCGAUAGCAGUAACAUUGGAAAUAUAUCAGCUAGGAGCAAAAACAGGGGGAAGGGAUCCAUGUGGUGUGGUCUGGGAUUUAAAUUUUGCACAAAGUUUUGUUUCAGGGGUAUUGCGAAAGCUGGGGAACCAAAUAACCUCUCACCCCUUUCCCCAGGAAAAUCGCACUUAGAUUCCUCAGCUUAUUAUGGAACUCUACGAAGGAAACAACGAAGGUUAGCCAGAGAAAAUCCCGGUUUACUUGACGCUAUAGCAAAAGGAGCUAAGAUGGCAAUCAACGAAUGCCAAUACCAGUUUAGGAAUCAAAGAUGGAACUGUUCCACAAGAAACUUUCUUCGAGGGAAAAACUUGUUUGGAAAAAUUGUGGAUAAAGGUUGUAGAGAAACUGCUUUUAUAUAUGCUAUUACAUCGGCAGCAGUGACGCAUUCAAUAGCACGAGCUUGCAGUGAAGGUACCAUUGAUACCUGUAAUUGUGAUACACAUUACAAAGGUAGACCUCAAGUAUUUGCGAACGGCAACAAUGCAGCUGCUGUAGCUAACGUUCGAGAUUUUGAAUGGGGUGGUUGUUCAGACAAUAUCGGCUUCGGAUUCGAUGUAAGUCGGGAGUUUGUCGAUACAGGCGAAAGGGGCAAGUCUUUAAGAGAGAAGAUAAAUCUGCAUAAUAAUGAAGCGGGGCGAUGGCAUGUUCAAUCUCAAAUGAGACAAGAAUGCAAAUGUCACGGGAUGUCCGGUUCAUGUACAGUAAAAACCUGCUGGAUGCGUCUUCCUACUUUUCGUGUAAUAGGUGACUUAUUAAAAGAUCGCUUCGAUGGAGCGUCCCAUAUAACCACCUCGAACGGAGGUAAUGGCAGAAACAAUAACAAAGGACAUAGUAAUCGGCUGCCAAAACAUCCCAAGACGAACUCUAUAAUGUCCAACAGCAUCCACGCUAAACGAGAAAAUAGAAGAAGACAACACAAAUAUAACUUUCAAUUGAGACCUUUCAAUAAAGAUCACAAACCUCCCGGUAUUAAAGAUCUCGUAUACUACGAAAUAUCUCCAGGAUUUUGUGAAAAAAAUCCUAAACUGGGUAUACAAGGUACCCAUGGAAGAUUAUGUAAUGAUACUUCCAUGGGUGUGGAGGGUUGUGAUAUUAUGUGUUGCGGAAGAGGAUAUCGUACACAAGAAAUUAUGGUAGUUGAAAGAUGUAAUUGUACGUUCCAUUGGUGCUGUGAAGUUAAGUGCGAUAUUUGUAAAGCUAGAAAAACUAUACAUACCUGUGUUUGAAAAUACGUCGAAAUAUGCGUAUUUUGUCAAUUUAAUGUAGUCUAAUUUAUACUAUCGAAUUUAAAAAGAGUUCGUCAAAUUAUUGUACAUCUUGAUGGAAUCUAUUCAAAUAUACAUUGUCAAAAUCUUUCACUACGACAAGAUAUUGGUGACAACUAGAACAAUAUUUCACCUCUCAUCUAAUUUUUUAUUUGUUAGCAAAAUAGUUGAUAGUUCGUUAAUUAUUAAUGUAUAAAUGGUGCCAAGAAUAGAAAAUAAAACAUUUCGAUUUAUCAGUAUUAUAUUAUGUAAAAUAGAAAGACUGAAACUUUAGAUAUAGAAAUUACUGAUAUGUAUAUAGUGAAAAACUGACUUUUCAUUUUAUUACUGAGAUGAUAUGCGUUUCUCAGCGAAAAAUUAAAAGUGCUUAAUGAAGAAUUCGAUUUUUUAUUAACUUAUGAAAAUAAAAUAUAAAUGUAAUAAUAAAAUAUUUGUCAUUUCAUAUUAUUAAAUGUUGAUUCAGUGAUUACGCCUUCUAAAUUUCAAGACUAAGUUAAAAAAUGGUAGAACCCAAAUUUACAAAGUGGUAUACAAUAGUCACACAUUUUCCGAAAAUUUUUUUAUAUCAAUUAUCUUUGCACGGCAUUGUGUAAACAUUAAAAUCAGAUCUAAAAAUCAAACAGUAACUAGCUUAAGUUACUACUAACUUACUCAACACGAUCGUCACAUUUCUAACACUCAAAGGGUAUAAUUUUCUCACUCUUCCUGCAUUAUCAAGGAACUGGAUUACCUUUAUGACGAUGUCAUCAUAGUUCAUAACUCGUAGUAAAUUAGGUCAACAGUAUCCAUAUCCCGAUCUUAUGGAGGCUACUAUUUCGAAUGUACUACGAUGUUUUCAGUACCUCGAUUUUAAAAUAUUUGAUACCAUAGCAUCAUAGCUGAAUAUUAUAUAGAUAGAAUGAAGUUUCAUCAAAUCAGCAAAUCGAUUUUUUUAUAUUUAACUUGAGGUUAUUCCCCUUUCUUCCUUUCUUUUUCUAAGGAAGCUGAGCUUUAUUGGGUGUACUUGCGAAUGGAGUUUAUAAUUCAUUUUUAUAGGUAUUGAGUUAUAUUGGUAAAAUUUACGUGUAUAGAUUUGAACUCAUUUAUUUUAAUCCUCCACAUUUUUGUCGAUUUAUGUACAUUAAAGAUUGAUACCCGUAACUUUUCUAUCGUUUAUUUUUCCUAUGUCUCCCCGCUAAUAUGACAGUAUCGUUCAUAAAUGUUGAAAAAAUAUAAUUUCAUAAUUUUGCGAUGCCAUUCGUGAAAAAGAGGUAUAGAUGUUUCAACACACUGCCCUGUGGCACGCCUGCAUUAAUUUUCUCAAGUUCACAACAGUAAACUAGUUUUUUAUAAUAAUUUUAGUUAAACAUCCAUCACGUCGAUAAUAACGUUACUA